UUCCACUGUUUGCUGCCGUCACCGCGCGCAUCUGAAAGAGACGGGAAUCGACGACUCUUAUGCUUGGUCAGGCGGAAACUGCGACGUAUCUGGAACAAUGUGGUGACGAACUGGUUGCGAUCGAAGAGGUGCUGAGUGCGUAUGUGAUCUGGAAGUUCUUGAAGGGACACAGCUGCCCUCACGUCUUGCAGAAACUCCAUUAUCUAUGCAUAUAUCUGCGUGUGACCGGUCGCACGAGGGUGUUAUCAUUUGGGCGUGAUGUCUUCAAGGUCAUCGCGCUCGAGGUUGCGGCAGGGGGAGGCAGGCUCGGUGUAGCACCUGUAACAAGCCCUGUGGGCAAAGAAAUCUGGAACCGGAUCAGACGCGAAGUGAGCAAGUCGGCGCGACAGCAACGGCUCGUCUCGACCGACGCAGAGUACGGCGGGCCCGCACCCGCCAUCCUGCUCGUCACCCCUCGUCAGCUCCCCCUCGUUGUGCCCCCAACCUUUCGACACGUCUUUGACCCCAUGAUGCGGCGGAACGGCAUCGGUCAGACCAUCGACCCUGAGGGCCUCGAGCACGCCCGCGCGACGACCACGGAACGCUGGUUCAGGUCACGGCCGCAGUUCGGGAAUACGGAUGCGCCGGACUACACGAGUGACGUCGGUACGCUACCGCGGUAUCACUCCCAGCAAAGUCGCGCGGACGAAAGUGGCUCAUUACCUCCUGAUUAUGCGAGUCGGGCGAGCUUCGGUGAGGUGUCGUUGUUAGAGACGCCGCCGAUGACGGCGGAAGAGCGCGCAUUGAUCCGUGCUGGGUUGGAGGACGUGGCGAGAGUGCUUGACAUAGCUCCCACUGAUGUUCGUUUCUCGUCCGCUGCAUGAUUGUCUACGUUGCAAUUACUUGAUUGCCUGAACCAGCUGGAUAUAACAUCUCGAUGCUUAUAUCGCUUUUAUCCUCGCGUCCCUGUUCGCGUACUCGAUGCCUUGUGGUUGUAUCAUCGCAGUAAUGACUGGUGUGUUAUGUCUCUCAUCCCGGGACUCGGCUGAGUCCGUGUUUUG